GGCUUGGCCUUUUCGCCUCAAUAUAUUUCCUAAAAACCACGUUUUGGAACUUCCAGCGGGCUUCGUUGCACAAUAAAUUCGCGUUAAGUGUUCAGGUUUACGUGUUCAAAAGCAUUUUUGAAGUGUUCGAAGAGAAUUAACAAUAGGAGGCGCACCUAAAAAUAGACCAUAGCCUUAUAUACUUGUAGGGAAAUUUAGUCGCGAGGUUUCCAUUCAUAAAAUACAUUCAUUUGGUGUUGGACGGUGUUGCAGCUGAGUUGGGAUCUUCUUUACCGUAUACAGAGAAGGUGUGAGCUCUGUCACAUCUGAUCAAUACCUUCUGGGUGACGACAGUUUAAACAGCGCGUCCAAACCACACCGACAGAAAAAUGGCGACGGAGGGCGGACUGGCGCCAGGCGGUGACGGAGACAUGCCCGUGGGCGGCCCCAAGACGCCUCAGCAGAUUGCCGCCCAACGUCGCUUACAGCAGACACAGGCGCAAGUCGAUGAGGUGGUGGACAUCAUGAAAACGAACGUGGAAAAAGUCUUAGAGAGAGAUCAGAAGCUUUCGGAACUCGAUGAUAGAGCAGAUGCGCUGCAACAAGGUGCUUCACAGUUCGAACAGCAGGCUGGGAAACUGAAAAGUAAAUUCUGGUUGCAGAACUUAAAGGGAGUGAGUGUCCUGGGUCCAUCAAGACGUUCCCCCGCCUCCUCCCUCCUUCUCUUCCGCGAUUCUCCGCGACUAUCUAAGUGUAUUCAUCAUCGUCAUCAUACAAGUAUAUAUAUUAUCUUUCCUAUCCCAGGGGGUAGGGGUUUCAGGGUCCAUCUAGAAGUUCGCCGUUCUCCUCCCCCUUCUCUUCUGCACCUCCCCUACUUGAUAAGGGGUGGUACGAUCCCCCCUCACAAGGGGGAUCUAAAGCAAACUUUUCAUUGUUCCCAUUUUAAAACCAAGUCUGUAAACACUCCCAAGGAGGAUUCUUGA